AAAAGUUUUGCUUUGAAACCGCAUGGAGUUCUGACACCGGAGGAUUCACCGGUACGUCGCGGAACAAAUACUGGGAAGGAAUGGAAGCUCGCAGAAUGUCUGUCUUUGAAAUGAAGCCGUUGCGUUGGGUCCAUGGCAUUGCUGUCUCGCUACUCCUGCUUCCCUGGGCACCAUGCAAAGGCUCCGUACCGACUGUCACUGCUGUCCUUCAUGGAACCGCCGUCCUUCCCUGUUCAGUCCCAUUUAUAUCUGGCACAGAGGAUCUGCUGGUGUCAUGGGCGAAGAAGAUCGGCACAAAACCAUCCUUGGUGCUUCUCGCCUUUAAUGAAGGACAAUUCGAUUUAACGCACCAGGCUCCUCAGUACAGAGGUCGCACCAACAUGUCUCCUGACUUGUCUAACGGGAGACUGGACCUGAGUCUGACCCAUGUGGAGCAUCCUGACGAAGGAGUUUAUGUCUGUCAAGUGGCCAACACGGCCGAUUACAGAGACAUCGAGGUCGGACUGACGGUUAUCGCUCCAGUGUCGGAUCCGGUCCUGAGUGUCUCUUGCCGUCCGGAUGGCAGCGCUGAAAUCUCCUGCCGGGCCCAGAACGGAUCAGAUCCGUCAUACUCACUGAGUGUGAAUGGAAGGUUAGAGCUGGAUUCUGUCUCCUCAGUGAGUGGGAGUGGAGUUAACAUCACCGUGUCCUCAGCCGCCCCGUGGAAUAUCAGCUGCUCAGUGAGGAACCGGAUCAGUGAGAGAAAUUCCAGCCUGAUUUCCGAGUCCUGCGCCGGCUCCGUACAGAACGUCACUGCUGCCCUUCAUGGAACCGCCGUCCUUCCCUGUUCAGUCCCAUUUAUAUCUGGCACAGAGGAUCUGUACGUGUCAUGGGUGAAGAAGAUCGGCACAAAACCAUCCUUGGUGCUUCACACCUUUAAUGAAGGACAAUUCGAUUUAACGCACCAGGCUCCUCAGUACAGAGGCCGCACCAACAUGACUCCUGACUUGUCUAACGGGAGACUGGACCUGACUCUGACCCACGUGGAGCAUCGUGACGAAGGAGUUUAUGUCUGUCAAGUGACCAACCCGGCAGAUUACAGAGACAUCGAGGUCAGACUGACGGUUAUUGGUAAGUUGGACUCUGUAGAGAUGCUCGAGGCUCCUCAGUACAGAGGCCGCACCAACAUGUCUCCUGACUUGUCUAACGGGAGACUGGACCUGACUCUGACCCACGUGGAGCAUCGUGACGAAGGAGUUUAUGUCUGUCAAGUGACCAACACAGCGGAUUACAGAGACAUCGAGGUCGGACUGACGGUUAUUGUCAACUGUUUUGUCGCUGAUAUGAAGGGUCAUGGAGACACUGAGCUCAGACUCCAGUACGUUAGAGCGGAGCAUCUGGAGGAGGCCGAGGCCACCGUGGGCUGUGGAUAUCCGUCCUGA